AUGGGACCGGACUAUGCAGACGUUGCCCGGCCGCUAGUUGAUCUUACGCGUAAAGACGUUAGCUUCAAAUGGACAGAACUUCACAUGCAAGCGGUGCGGCAGCUCAAACAGCACUUAAUGGACUUCACUACAUUACAAGUCCCUGACACCACGAAACCCUUCGAGUUAUACACGGACGCCUUUGGUUAUGCGAUCGGAGCAGUUCUGGAACAGGGCGGCAAGUCCAUCGGCUUCCUUAGCCAAGUGAUGAACUGUACACAACAGAGACACUCGAUCUACGAUCAGGAACUCUUGGCGUUGGUCACAGCCCUCGGCAAGUGGUCACACUUGCUCCGUCUUUCCAAAGUAACGGCUUACACUGAUCAUCAAGCUCUCACCCAUCUCCAACGACUCCAAGCAUCGAAGCCUCUGCGCGGACGCACCGCCCGCUGGUUAGACUUCCUGGCCGAGUUCCCGGAUUUGCACUUCACCUAUGUUCAAGGAGCGCGCAAUCAAGUGGCUGAUGCCUUGUCUCGCCGUCUCGGUCUUCCUAACACCUGCUCGCAUGACACACCACCGACACCCCUGAUGCUUGCAGUAGCACAAGCGCGCGCGGCUCCUCACACUCGUGGUCGCCCUGCCAACUACAGGGAGCUCGCCGAAAUUCGUUCGCGAUGA